GCCGCCCGAGCGGCCUGCGGACGAUGGCGGCGGCGAGGGCGGCGCGGAGGGCGGCGGGGCGGAGGGCGCCCCAGACACGGCGGUCAGCGGCGCCGGCGCCGGCGUCAGCGAGGCCCAGGGCCUCUUCCACAGCGCCUUCGGCCAGGGCGCCUUCGGCCAGGUGGCAGGCGCAGGGAUCCCAGCCGGCGGCUCGAAGGUGGAGAGGGAGAGGCUGGGGAAGAUUUUCCAGGCCUUCAACAACGUCGGCACCAGCCGCGCGCCGGGGGGGGUCCUCAUGGUCAUGCUCGACGGCGCGACCGUUCGAGGCUGGACGGAGCUGAGCCUCGCCAACGUGGCAUCCCAAGGCUGCGCGCCCAAGCUGCGGAGGACCUGCGUCCUGGCCCACUACCUGCGCAGGGACCUGGCGCCCGUGGUGCUCAGCAACCCGGGGCACCGGGCGCACAAGGCGCAGGGGCGCAACCCGAGGGUCGGCCUGGUGCUGGACGCCAACAAGGUGUUCAGCAUGGUCACUGGCAUGUUCGUGAUGGACGGGGACGCGAACGCACGCAGCGCUUGCUCGAACGAGCUCGGGGAGACCCGGUACGUGCUCCCCGGCGACCCCGAGGCAGAAGAGAGCUUCGACUGCCAAGCGGGCGACCAGGAGACCUGGUCGGAGGUGAAGCGUGGCUGGUGCUGCUCGCACGAGCUGGCAGGCUGCCCGGAGGGCCAGGGCGAGGAGUAUUUCGAUUGCGAGGCUGGCUACCCCCGGGCGGAACAGGGCUGGUCCGUCCAGAAGAAGGAGUACUGCUGCAGGACCCAGAACCUCUGCUUCGGGGCCCCGAACAGCACGGGCCGGCCAUGGCUGUGCAUGGAGGCGCAGGCGAAGAAGCAGGGCGCCGACAUCUCGGUCGCCCUAGGGCGGCAGGACGACGUGGGCUCGGCGGAGGUCGGAGCAGAGUGCCGCGACCAGGAGUCCGGGAGGACGUCCGGGGCCAAGGCACACCUCUGGCAGCCCACGCGGCUCCUGCCGCCAGGAGAGAGCCCGUGCGAGGUGCGGGCCCCGGGGCGGCGCUGCAGAAGCCUGGUGGUGGACAGCUCCCUCUCGCUGCAGGAGGAGCGGUGCAAGUUUCUGAACACCGGCGGCGGCAUGUCGAGGAACAAGCUGGGCAGUUUGGACUACUGUGUCGACCCGUACAGCGAGUUCUUCGUCGAAUUGAUGGCGUGUUUCAAUUUUGCCGGAGACGUGGUUUCUUUUGAUGGUAGCUGCAUCGCGUGCUACAGCCCAUACGUUUGCCUGCUCAAGCCCACUCCAGACAAUAAGGCCACCUUUGAUUACAAUGGAAGUACGGAGGAGUGGGAGGCCUUCAUUGGCGAACAAGGCAGGUCUUGGACGGACAUGUUCAUGACGCCUCACAUUAGCUACAACCUGACGAUGGAAGGGCAGUGCAAGUGGAAGCGCGACGACUUCGACGCGUUCAUCGGCGUGACCAGGGAAGCCCAAAAGCUGGCCUUACAGAAAGCGAGGGAAGCAUCGGGAGGAAGCGCCAGCGACGACGCGCCCUCCGAGGGCUACAUGUGGGCGGACCCUGCCUCAAGGAUUCAGUUGCGCUGUCGCACAAAGUUCCGCCAGCGUGAUGGGUCAAACAACGCAAAAACAUCGAGCAUCCUGGGCUGGAGCGAUGCGGUGUGA